AUGGAGAAGAGACCAAAACCAUACACUAGCCGUCCUUCCUCUAGCCCUCGGGGCAGCCAACCAGAGCGGCAGGCCAAGCGUCGCAGACAAGGCGACCACGAAGACCAAGCUCGCGAGAAUAGUGAAGAAGGCAUUGCACCUCGUUCCCAAGAUGCUGAGACACGAACUCGACAAAAUCCCAUCACCACCAUCGACUGGAGGGCUCAAUUAUGUCGCUUUCUGGGCACAGAAAAUUCAAUCACUGAUGAUGAGCUUCUAGAAGAGCUAGAAACUGCAUUCAUCGACCUGAAAAAGGCGCGCCUGCCGGGAACCGACCCUCAUGAUCCUUAUAUAGGCUCCCGCCAUCAAAUCAUCUACAGACUUCGAUGCUUGAAGUCCGGAGGCAGAACAAGGCUCUACGAGGAACUCUGCAGCAGCGAUGAAACUGUACAACAAGGAACUCAUCUGUUCGGCCGGGCUACCAUAAAAAAUUUGGAACUAUACCUGGAGAGGAACAAAGAUAUUGCCAUGAUCGUAUACAAAGAUUUUGAAUGCUGUGGUCACGUCAACUCUAGUUUUCAACAUGAUUAUGACCAGGGGCAGCUUCCGACCAGUGAUGCAUCUCCCUUGUUGAAGGGUGAGUCAAUCAAGCUUGUCUCCGAAGAGAUGAAGCGGGCACUCAGUGACAUGCUUGCACUCGUGUCGACAGAUGCUCCGCUCCCUAAAUCUCAGGAUCCUCAGGUGACAGAGAUGGGCGAAGACAUUUCAUCGCCAGAUUCCUCUGACGUCGAUGAGGCUGUCAUUGAGAGUGAGCAUGAGCUUGAGGAUGCUGUAUAUCCCUACCUGUGGUGGUUCCACCAUCGUCUAGAGAUCAGCGAUAUCAUCGACAUGACCAACGAGGACCCAGUCUCCCCUAUACUCAUACUCAGAGACUACAUCAUAAGUAGGAUGUCGAAUGAAUGGGUCUCGGUAGACUAUAUGAUGUCUCAGAAUCAGAUAACAGCACGAUAUCUUCCCUAUCUCUAUGUACCUGGGCAAAUUAUCAUCUCCAAGCAAAACGGCAAAGACAUUUCAAAAUUCCGAGGCCUCCAAGUACUUGAGACAAAAUUGAACAGCGGCAAAGCUAGGCCGCGGAUCCGGGUCAGCUCAUGGUCUUUUGAUGGGAAGUUUCAUAGAGUCGAGAGCUAUUUCCCCUUCCCAGUUUUACAUUCGACGACCCAGAAAAUUGGGAUUAGGGAACUCGAGCUCUACCCGCUGCGCUUCGCCCUAGAGGAGGUUGUGGAGGCAAUCCGAAAACGGGGGGAAAUGAUAUGGAAAUGCCGUCACCGACACUACGUCUCUUCUCGGGUCACCAGAAUAGAGGGAACGCAGACUCCGGAAGAGUCACGCUUUAUGGUGGACAUGGAGACUUAUAAGCGCAUGUACCCGGAGGCAAAUAAGCCGUCAGGGGCCUCAGGUCAAGAUGUACUUGACGAUCUAGUCAUGGAACAGGACUGCCCUGACCUAGGCGACAGCUUUUACAUGUGUCUCCCGGCUAAUAUUGUCGUGACCCUCGAGGUACAUCAUCUGACUGAUGUGCGCUGGAACACCAAAGCUUUCGACUACCUUGUCAUCAAUCAAGAGACCAAGGAGCUUAUCAAAGCUGUAGUCACCAAUCAACUUGGCAUUCAGUCAAAAUCAGACCUUAUUCAGGGAAAGGGAAAUGGUUUGUUCAUACUGCUUCAUGGUGGCCCGGGAACCGGUAAAACACUCACAGCAGAAAGCGUCGCUGAAAUUGCUAAACGACCACUCUAUAGAGUUACUUGUGGCGAUAUCGGAACAAAAGCGGAGGAUGUAGAGCAGUAUUUGGACAGUGUCCUGCUUCUUGGGGCCACUUGGGGAUGUGUUGUGCUUCUAGACGAAGCAGAUGUCUUUCUAGAGCAAAGAUCAAUCCUAAAUCUAGAACGAAAUGCUCUGGUCUCUGUGUUUCUUAGAGUUCUCGAGUACUACGAUGGGAUAUUAAUUCUAACGAGCAACCGAGUGGGAAUAUUCGAUGAAGCAUUCAAGUCUCGCAUUCAGCUAAGCUUGCACUACAGCAAUCUCGACAAAAACCAGAGAUACCAGAUCUGGAACAACUUCAUUCAUCAUCAACAUGAAAGCCAAGAUGCACUCGAAGUCAUAUCAGCGUCCUCCAAGAAGCCGAGAAGCAGUGGGUAUGGAAUCAACCUUCAAGACUUGACCAGUCAUUUGGAUACGCUUGCUAGCGCGAACUUGAACGGAAGGGAAAUUCGAAACGCGUUGUCUACGGCCAGACAACUUGCUACAUAUCGGGAACAGUGUUUGGACUAUUCUCACUUGGAGAUUGUAAUGAAGGAGGCUCAGAAGUUUGAUAAAUAUCUGAAGGAAGUUCAUCACGAUAUCUCCGAGGACGACAUUAAGAGAGGCAGAAAGGAGAGAUGA